ACUUGCACAAAAAAAAAAAAAAAAAAAUCAAAACAAGCCAGCGCUUGACUGAAUGACUCUUUGUCUUUUUUUGAACAGCACCUAACUGGUCCCAGAAAGCCACCCACACCAUGCCGAACAUGGAGAAACACUUGUUUAACCUCAAGAUUGCUGCCAAGGAGCUGCAGCACAACUCUAAGAAAUGUGACAAAGAGGAGAAGGCAGAAAAGGCGAAAGCAAAGAAGGCUAUCCAGAAGGGUAACACGGAGGCAGCUAGGAUCCAUGCAGAGAACGCCAUCCGUCAGAAGCACCAGUCCAUUAACUUACUGAGGACGAGUGCCCGUGUGGACGCUGUGGCCUCUAGGGUCCAGACUGCUGUCACUAUGAACCAGGUCACUAAAUCCAUGUCAGCAGUUUUUAAAUCGAUGGACGCGACGCUGAAAAGCAUGAAUUUGGAAAAGAUCUCGGCCCUGAUGAACCAGUUCGAGAGGCACUUUGAGACGUUGGACGUGCAGACGGUGCUCAUGGAAGACACCAUGGGCAGCACGUCCACGCUCACCACGCCUCAGAACGAAGUGGACACGCUUCUGCGAGAGAUGGCUGACGAAGCGGGGUUGGAUCUCAGCGUGGCGCUUCCUCCUGGACAGACCUCCCCCGUGGCUUCCACUGUGGCUUCAGCCGAGCAGGAGGAGCUUUCCAAGAGACUGUCCAAGGUGAGAGGCCAAGCGUCGUAGAGACGCAGCGGAAGAGGAGACGGAUGAAGAAAUGAAAGGAGACGCAACCGAAAGAAGAACUCCGGCAGAAAUACAAGCAAGAACCAGAACACAAAACAAGAGAAGAAUCCAAAUAGCAAACAGAGCAAUGUGCCUACACACUCUGUUCUCUUUUGAGGAGAACAACGAUGAGCACGACUUUUUUGUUGUUUCAAGCGAUACGUGGAUGAGUGUGGAGAAAGAUGAGCUGUAUUGUGAACAGCUAAUGCCUCAUUCUAAGUGGAUUAUAAGGAUAUGAAGACUUCUGAUGAUCCUCUCUGCUUCUUACUGUGACUCUGCUACUGUAACCAGUGUGUGUUUUUAUUAGUUGUCCUCUAAAGAUUUCAAUUAUAAACCA